AUGCCUUUGCCUUCCACGUUAAGCAAGAAGCGGUCGUUUCUUCAUUACUUGCUGUACGAGGAUAUUGUCAGAAGUAUGGUAACUAAGAUCAAUAAAGAAAAUGCAAGGAUUCUAUUUUUAGGAACUGGAACGUCCAAUGGCAUCCCUAAUGUGUGUUGUUUGAACGUCCCAAAGCCUACAUGUCGUGUGUGUUCAGCCAGUCUGACGCCAGAAGGACGUAAAAACAAGAGAAAUAAUACAGGAGCAAUUGUUCAAGUUGAUUCCGAGGGCUGGAGUCGCCCGAAAACGAUCUUAAUUGAUUGCGGAAAGACCUUUUAUAUGGCAGCAAUAGAAUUCAUGGUAAAGCAUAAAAUUCGAAACAUCGAUGCCGUUCUCUUGACACAUGCUCACGCUGAUGCCAUUAAUGGAUUGGAUGAUUUAAGAGCUUGGACAUCUGGGGGAAUUGUUCAAAGCACUAUGAAAAUCUACUUAACGAAAGAGACAUAUGAUUCUAUAGCAAAUUCGUUUCCUUAUAUGGUCGACUGUUCACGAGCCACCGGGGGUGGUAGUGUGCCUACUUUUGACUAUCGAAUUUUCAACCCAGAAGAGCCAUUUGAAUUAGAGGGGCUUGGACUCUCAACCGUACCAUUACCUGUGCAUCAUGGUUUUUAUUUUUCUCCUGGUAAGGAGAGUGUUCCAUUUUAUAAUAUGGGUUUUCGAAUUGGUGAUUUGUCAUACAUUUCUGACUGUAACUAUAUACCACCGAAAACUAAAGACUUGAUGAGUGGAUCCCAGGUCGUAGUAUUAGACGCACUUCGACGAGAACCUUAUCCAUCCCAUUUUACUUUUGAACAGGCUCAUGCAUUUGCCUGUUCUCUUCUACCAGCCCCAAGACGGGUGUUGUACACCGGGUUCAAUCAUUCAGUCGAACAUGGUGAAAUGGAAGAAGAAUUUUCAAAACUGAGCAUUCCUACCGAGCCGGCGUAUGAUGGCCAAAUUGUAGAGUUUAGUGUAUGAAUACGGUCGGAGAAGGAAGGACAAAUCUGUCAGUCUUUACUUGUUAUUCUUUCUUAUUUUUAUUUUUUGUCUAAAUCGUUUACGUUGUAAAAUUAUGUUGUUCACGCUUUUUAUGUUUUGGGUUUAAAAAGUUAUUUCUUUUUCAAUAUUAUGCUCAAGUUCUAAC